AUGGUUAAUGUAUUAUUAGGUUGUACCGGCAGUGUUGCUACAAUAAAAUUGCCUUUAUUAUUACAAGGAAUACUAGACCAAAACGAGACGGAAGUGAAGGUUAAUGUGGUUCUAACUAGAAGAGGCGAACAUUUUAUUAAUUCUCUUCCCUUUUCCUCUGAAAACGUCAAAGUAUUUACAGACGAAGAUGAAUGGUCCUCUUGGGAAAAACGUGGUGAUCCUGUUCUGCAUAUAGAGUUAGCAAAAUGGGCAGAUAUUUUUGUGAUAGCACCUUUGAGCGCUAACUCGCUGGCAAAAUUGGCAAAUGGUUUGUGCGAUAACCUGUUAACCUGUAUAGCAAGAGCUUGGGACCAAAGUAAACCCCUCAUUUUUUGUCCAGCUAUGAACACUAAAAUGUAUGAACAUGUUCUUACCAAAGAGCAUAUAGAUAAACUAUUAUCGUGGGGCUAUAAAUGUAUUCCUGUGAUUGAAAAAACUCUCAUGUGUGGUGACACUGGUUUAGGUGCAAUGGCAGAAGUGGAUACUAUUGUUGAAUACAUUAAAAAUGUAAUUAAAGAAAAAAAAUUGUAUAAAAAUGUUUGAAAUACAAGUUUCUAGAUAUUCUUUAUUGAA